AUGGCACACGUCGGCGCACUGCCCAAGAUCCACCGUUAUAUCACCAGCCACAACGAUGAAGGCAAAGCCAUCUUUAGCAAUGCCUUCGACGAUGAGAGCAAGAUGAAGCCCAACUCGGACGGUAUCGCAUUCGCCCUCAGCUACACAACAAAAGGCUUCCCUGUCGAUAUGAACAAGGACAAAGACCUUGGCGUAUACGGCGACUACCUCGAUGACGCACCAGGACUUGUAGUCUCUGGCGGGACGGUCUUACGACACGUUGAUAUUCCUCCUGCCACAGAAUGCACAAUGCACCGGACCGUGAGCUUGGACUACGGUUGCGUACUCGAGGGGGAGAUCGAAUGUCUACUCGACAGCGGCGAGAAGCGCUUCAUGAAGCGGGGAGAUGUCGCGAUUCAGCGCGGGACCAUGCACCAAUGGAUCAACCAUAGCCCGACUGAGUGGUGUAGGAUGCUUUUUGUAUUGCAGGAGUGUCAGCCAUUGAAACUUGGUGGGGAGACGGUCGGAGAGGAGUUGGCUGGUAUGGCGGGUGUGCGGCCUUCUGAUUAA